AUGGAUGUGUUAAGUGAAGAGAUUAGGGAUAAAGAGCUGUGGGAGUUGUUGUACGACGACGAUCUGGUGAUUACUGAUGAAAAUGAAGACCUAAAGAGAAGGUUUGGAGGGUGGCAGGAGUCUGUAGAGGUGAGUGUGAAUAAAACAGAAGUUAUGGUGAGUGGUUGGGAAGAUAGAGGCAGAAUUGUAAUGCAAGAAGGAAGAAACUCUAAUACAAUACAGGCGGAAACGUUUAGAUACCUAGGAUCUACUUUAAGCCAAGAGGGAGCAUGUGAGACUGAAGUUAACAGUAGGAUAAAAGCAGCGUGGGGGAAGUGGAGAGAGGUAGCUGGGGUAGUAUGCGAUAAGAAAAUGCCAAUUAAGCUCAAAGUCAAGAUCUACAGCCCAGUGAUAAGACCAAUGUUAAUGUAUGGAGCAGAAACAUGGGCUUUAAGAAGAAAAGAAGAAGUAAACCUUGAGUGA